UUUGUAUCCAAACAUCCUCUGGGGGUUUCUAGUUUCUACCCAAAUUACAAAAUUCAAAUCACCACUUGGAAGCGGGAAUUGAAGACCAAAGCAAGAGAAACCUUCUUUAUUAUCGCAUUCCUCCAAGAGAUCAGCAAUGGCGGAAGGGAGGCAAAAGCAGCCAUUGAGUCUCAAUCAACGCCACUAUCGCUUUCUUGGUGACCUAUCCGCUUCCCAGACUAGGUACAAAAUUGAUGCAGGGCAAGAUGAUACUGGAUCGAGUGUGAAUCCUGAAAUAGCAUUUGACGAUGUUCCUCGAUUUGAUUUCGAUUCUCCCCCGCUUCCUCGUCAAGUGGACCUUGAAGAACCUGUGUGGAAGCAUAAGGGUUCGUCUCCUAGGCUCUUUUCUGGGAUCGCGGAUUUUGAUUCGCCGUCUUCCAUGCUUGCUUCUGGGGUACAUAAAAGUAGCAAGACUACUGAAGAAGAUGGCUAUUCUUCCGAAGCUAAUCCGAUUAUUUCUGACCCGGGCAAAUAUAAUGCCCACCUUCCAGUCGGUGUGGAACUCGAGCCAGAGGAGCUACAGAGUAGUGAAGUGCCUGCAGAAGAAGUUGAUGCUGCCAAGACAAAAUCCUCAAUAUCUUGUAAUGCUGAUUUUGAUUCCAGUUUUCCUGGGGAAGAAAAGCAAACAAAAGUGAGAAUUGAAGGAAGACGUCGCCUCUGCAAAAUUUCAGAGAGAAACAAAAGUGAUAAUGUGGCAGUUAAGAGUCUUGUAAGCACUGAAAGGCCAAACCAUGAUGGUAUUUCGGAUUUUGAUUCCCCUCUUCAGGUGAAUAAACCACAUGACAAUAAUGGAAAUGAAAUAAGAGAUAUCUUGAAUGAUUUAAGUUCAAGGCUUGAGUUUCUUUCCAUUGAGAAGAAAAGGGUUCCUAAGAAAGUUGAUUUGACGGAGGAUUUCGAGGACUCAUUUAGAAGCAAGUUAUAUGAUGUGACUGUGAAAGAAGGAGACCCUGAAUAUCAGACUGCCACUUCUUCGAAUGUUUUCUCUGAUUCCCCAGUGGAGGAAAUUGGGUCAAAAGUUGAAGCUGUUAUUCCCAACGACUGCUCGGAAAAAACUUAUUUUGCUGACACGAAGGAGAAUGGCUAUGUUGGUAAGACAAAUAGAAUCAUGCAUAAGCGUGAAGGACAUAGUAAUGCUGAUCAUAUGAAGGUGCCUCUAAGGUUAGGUGCUACUAAGGAGCGAACUUACAACUACAGGAGAGAGGAGGAAAAGUAUGCUGCACUGAGUGAAAGAUACUCUGUUAAACAAGUGGGUAGGGCAGAAGAGAAUUUUAUCGAAGUGUCUGAUGAUGAAUCUGAUGAUAUCACAACAUUGAAUGAUGAUGUUGAAGAAUUCACUUUGAGUGGCCUGAAGGGUACAUAUAAGCUACCUGGUAAAAUAGCAAAAAUGCUGUAUCCCCAUCAGCGUGAAGGACUUAAGUGGCUCUGGUCUCUUCAUUGUAAGGGUAAGGGUGGUAUUUUGGGCGAUGAUAUGGGUCUGGGAAAGACCAUGCAGGAUAAAGGUGUUCUUCUGACAACGUAUGAUAUUGUGCGGAAUAAUACGAAAUCCUUAUGUGGGGAUUACCGUUACAGUGACGGAGAAGAAGAUGAAAUGACAUGGGAUUAUAUGAUCCUUGAUGAAGGGCAUCUGAUUAAAAAUCCAAGCACACAAAGGGCGAAAAGUUUGCUUCAAAUACCUUGUGGGCAUCGCAUUAUUAUCAGUGGCACCCCACUCCAGAACAAUCUCAAGGAACUUUGGGCUUUGUUUAAUUUCUGCUGUCCUGAGCUCCUUGGUGACAAGAAAGAGUUUAAGGAAAAAUACGAGCACUUCAUCAGCCGAGGAAAUGAGAAAAAUGCAUCUGAUAGGGAAAAGCGUAUUGGUUCAUCGGUUGCCAAGGACCUGAGAGACUGUAUUCAACCAUAUUUUUUAAGACGAUUGAAAAGUGAAGUAUUUCGUGAUGAUAGCACGCUUUCCAAGAAGAAUGAGAUUAUUAUAUGGCUACCGUUAACUCAGUGUCAGCGUCAAAUCUAUGAAGCUUUCUUAAAGAGCGAGAUUGUCAUCUCAGCUUGUGAUGGUUCCCCUCUUGCUGCACUUACGAUAUUAAAAAAGAUAUGUGACCAUCCACUUCUGUUGACAAAGAGAGCUGCUGAAGAUGUUCUGGAAGGAAUGGAUUCAAUGGUGAACCAAGAAGAUCAUCAUGUCGCUGAAAAGUUGGCAAUGCACAUAGCAGAUGUUGCUGAGAGAUUUGAUGUUGUCGACAAUAAUGAUAUGUCAUGCAAAAUAUCAUUUAUAUUAUCAUUGCUGGCUGAUUUAGUUCCAAAGGGACAUAAUGUGCUUAUCUUUUCACAAACACGGAAGAUGCUUAAUUUAAUCCAGGAAACAUUGACAUCCAACCGUUACAAAUAUAUGCGGAUAGAUGGUACCACAAAAUUCGCUGAUAGAGCUAAACUUGUAAAGGAUUUCCAAGAGGGUCGUGGAGCCCCAAUCUUCCUCUUGACAUCCCAAGUUGGCGGAUUAGGCCUUACACUCACUAAUGCAGAUCGUGUCAUUGUGGUUGAUCCAGCAUGGAAUCCAAGCACUGACAAUCAGAGCGUAGAUCGUGCAUACAGGAUUGGGCAGAAGAACGAUGUCAUCGUGUACAGACUAAUGACAUGUGGCACUGUGGAAGAGAAAAUUUACAGAAAACAGUUAUUUUCUGCUGAAGAUUCUUCUGGAGAUUUCGUGAAGGAGAUGUAUCAUCCACAAAAGCCAAAUGUGCUUAUCUCACUUGCUGUAUUCAAAGGAGGAUUGUUCAGAAGUGCAACCGAACAUAAAGAACAGAUCCGUUAUUUCAGUCAACAGGAUCUGAAAGAUCUUUUCAGCAUUCCCAAACAAGGGUUCGACAUAUCACCUACUCAACAGCAGUUGCUAGAAGAGCAUGAUCGUCAGCACACGAUGGAGGAAUCUCUUAGGGUACACGUUGAGUUCCUUGAAACUCUCAACAUAGCUGGAGUUAGCCACCACAGUUUGCUCUUCUCCAAACCGGCACAUUUAGAAGCAGUUGAAAUAGAGGAGGAAACAGAAAGGCCACGAGUGAGUAGGUUUGUGGGGAAUGCAUUUGGACGCCCAUCAUUUGAACGUGAUGUUGACGGGAGCAGGGCACAGUAUGCAUUCAAUCCUAAGGACAUAAAGAAAGUGCAUAGGAAUGCAAAUCCCGAUGUUAAGGAACCAAUCGAAUAUGAAAUCAGAGAGAGAAUUGAUCGCUUAUCUCAGAUCUUUUCUAACAAGGUGGCAAUCUCUAGACUGCCUGAUAGAGGAGAGAAAAUACACAGGCAAAUAUCUUCGUUGUACCAUCAGCUUGAUCAGUUGCAAAUGGCAAGAGCAAACAAGGACGACAUUAUUGAAUUGUAGGAUGCUUUUCUUUCUAACUGUUGAAAUUCCCUUGGGAUAGUUUUUUCAACUGUCAUUAUUUUGAUGACGAAUGGCUUUGCAUUGCGUGACGGCAUACUGUAACUAUUAAUAUAUUUUGUUCACUUCAUAUCAUGCAAGUUUGGUUUGCUAAUAGAGCGGUUAAUAAUCCAAAAUAUUUUUUUUAGCUUUGUCAAUAAAUACCAUUUGAAUGGCAC